GUUGAAAAUGAUUGGUUUAAGGAAAAUGGUCCCAAAGAGAAAAAAGGGAAACAAGAAAAGCAGACAAACAUAAGAAACAGAGGAAAUCAGAAAAGCCUGAGAAGAAAGUAAUAAUAAUAUGUCUAGAAUAAGAGCAGAUUUGAAGGGCAUGCUUGUUCUUUGUCUCCUCCACCUUCUUGUUCUUCUCCUUCUCAUGUCUUUUCAUUUUCAGUUUGUUCUUUCUGUUCGCCAUUUGGUCUUCCACAAUCGGACCCACCAAAUUCUCGUUUAUGAAUCUUGAAAUUUUGUAUAAGAAUCGACGGGACGAAGAAGAAAAGAAUCAGAGCAAAAUAGAGAGAACAAUGCAAAUGAAGAGAGACAUUAGAGUGGAGAAGAAGGAGGAAGAGAACAUGUGUACUUCAUUGUUGACUGCAGUUGUUGUUCUUUCAAUGGCUUGUCUUAAACACUUUUCUUCUGUAUCGUAUUUGAUCGAGCAAUGGCGUUCUUUGGUCUUUCUUCUACUCAAUGUCGUUCUCUUAGCCGUUUAUUUUACCUCGACUCGUCCUAACCCCGGAGGGACUCAUGAUUUCAAGACUCGUCGAGGAGGUAGAUUGAGGAUGAUGCGAGAGAAGAAGAAUAAGAAGACAAGGAUGGUGGUGGAACCGGCUUGUUCUGAUCAAGAUUUCGUAGUCGUUGAGCCAAUGGAAGUGAUCAAGAAGUGUGUUUUAGUGGAGGAGACGAGAAGGGUUUGUCCUGAAUUCAAGGAAACUGUGAAAGAUUGCUUGUUUCACAAGAAAGAAGUAGACUUUAAAGGAGAAGAAGAUGAAUUCGAGCCAGGGAGGUUAUCGAACGAGGAGCUAAACGAGAGAGUAGAAGCGUUCAUCACGACGUUUAGACAACAUUUGGUGCUUGAUGCGCAAAGAGGUAGAGAUAGAGAAACCGACGAGAAGAUGAGAUCAAAAGACUCUGACAUUAGCUUUUUAGGUCGGGAAGUCACUUGUUCGGUUUAAGAGUUUCUCUAAUCUUUGUUUCUCUUAAAAUUCGUUCGGUUUUGUUCGUUCUUUGGCUUCGUUUAUUUUAUGAGUUUGAGCUAAUAGCUCAAAAGAUCGCAUGAUGUAAUGUCAUAAGAACACCAGACUAUAUUCAAAACUUUUACAUAAGAACAAAAAAUUGAAAAAUA